AAUUCGAAAAUUUUGAAGCACAGAAGUCUUUAAGACGUAGGUUCGAGUGAUUUCAAAAAAUUGCUAUUUUCUUUUGUUUUGAUAUUCAAGAUGUGAGGUGUGAAUGGUGUGAUGUAUUCAGUAGGCUGUUUUUCUGUUGGAUAAUUAAUACUUAUGAAAAUUGGAAACGAUAAAUAAUAUCCGAAUUUUGAAGCCACUGUUCGUAGAAAAAUGAAAGCCAUCGGUUUUCUGAAAAAUUUCUCAUGUCUUACAUUUUCUGCCAAAUUUUUUGACCACAAAGUUCAGUUAAGAUCUUCAUUUUGAGUUGAAAGUCGCUCAAAAAAAAAUUGUAAAUCGCUUAUUUUUGGAUAAAUUUGUGUUUUGAAAAUUUAGGAAUACAGUAGGUAGGUAAGUAGUGCCACUUCAUCUCAAUCAUUAGGUACUGCCAAUUUCAAAAAACUGAAAAAUUUGGUAGGUACAUUUUUGGCUAUUUUCAAAUAAUUGGCAUCACUGCGUUUCAAAAUAUUUCACCAGCUUCAGAAAUGAAAUAUUUCCAUGUUUUGGCUUUAUUAAUGUGAAAUAUUUGAGAAGUGAAAAUUUGCAAACGGGGUGUCUUUAAACUGAAAGCAUCGUUCACCAAACACUUGUUUUAAUGUUGUCUGAAUGAAUUUCAACUCAAAAUGAGCCAAUGCGGAUCUCCGUUGAAUUUGGUCAAAAUUCUCUAAAAAGAAUUUGAAUUUUACAAUCAAAACCCUGUACAAGUUCGCACAUUUUCAUGUAUUUUCUCUGUGAAUCAAUACUUACGAUAGCAAGCAUAGAUUUCAUUGCUUUGGUCUUUGAACAUUCAUUUUUUAAAAUAAAAUAUUUUAUUUGAUGUUUCAAAUGGAUUCGUUGCUGGUUUUUUUAAAACGUGUGUGAACCGAGUAUCGUUUACGAACAUUUACACCUUUUCACUGAGAAAUUAUGAAUAUUCAAGCGUGGUUCUGUGUCUGUUUAUUUUUCAAGCUUCUCUUUGCCACCUCAAAUGCUGCCCCUGCCUCCAAAUCCAUUAUUCCAAAAAGGACACCAUCUGGACAUAUCGAUAGAGACGCUCUUUUGGAAAAAAUCCACGAAUUGAUGAGAAAGAAUGGCAAAGAUAUUCCAAUCGUUAAAGAAGAUAAAUCUCCUAAAGAGAUAGUGAUAACCGAGGGGAGAACUACAAUAUUUGAAUUCUUCAAGAGUUUAAUAAUUCCUGGAUACCAACCUGAAGCUAUUGGUACAGCGGAUCGUCCCUUGGUACAGCAUGUUUUCAAAAAAAUGGACACUCCGGAUGGAUCUGUACCAAUGUAUGGUGCUUCAUCAAUAGCUCCUACUCAAACACCUUAUGUUAAAGAAGAGUCUCGAUAUUUAACCCCUGAACAAGUGAGAUUGGCGAAAAACACUGCUGGAGAAAUCAUGAAAGGUAUACAAGAGAGUCCAGAAAAGUUUCGAUUUGCUUGAUGUGCUUGGUAGGUGGUUGGUUAAAGAUGAAUAGCUCAAAUUACAUUGUAUUGUUUUUGUAGUGAUUUUAAUAAAAUUAAUACUGCAUUGAA